UUUUCACUUCAGUAGUCAUAGCUUCACUCUGAGUCCUUCAUUCCAUCUGCUUUUUCUCUCUCUCUAAAGCUCUCUACACAUUGGAAAGGAAAGCUACAAUCUAUACAUACAUAUACACACAAUUUCCGGCCAAGUCCAAGAUCAAGAACAAGAAUGGUCGACGUGGACCGGAGGAUGACCGGUCUGAACCCGGCCCAUGUCGCCGGCCUCCGCCGCCUUUCCGCGCGUGCCGCUGCAUCAGCCCCCUCGACGCCGCUUCCUCCGCGUAACAGCCUUUUUUCCUUCACUUCUCUCGCAGACAAAGUGAUUUCCCACUUAAAGAACUCGGGUAUCCCGGUGCAACCCGGGUUAUCCGAGUCUGAGUUCGCGUUAGCUGAGGCUGAGUUCGGAUUCGCCUUCCCGCCGGACCUGAAAGCGGUGCUCUCAGCCGGCUUGCCUCUUGGAGCAGGCUUUCCGGACUGGCGCUCGUCGGGCUCGGCUCGGCUACAGCUCCGCGCCUGCAUUGACCUCCCCAUUGCUUCCAUUUCUUUCCAUAUAGCUCGGAACGCUCUCUGGUCGAAAUCCUGGGGCCCGCGGCCUUCCGACCCGGAGAAGGCCCUGAAAAUAGCCCGGAACGCUCUUAAACGGGCCCCUCUGUUGAUACCCAUUUUUAACCAUUGUUAUAUUCCUUGCAACCCUUGUCUUGCGGGUAACCCUGUUUUCUACGUCGAUGAAAAUAAAAUCUUCUGUUGCGGCUUCGAUUUAUCGGAUUUUUUUGAUCGUGAGUCAUCCCUCUUCCAUCAAAGCUCCGAUCCAAGAAUUCUCUCCAAGCAACGGUCCACCAGUGAACAUUCUGCCGGGUCAUCGACCAACUUCUCGAGGAGGAGUCUAGAUAUGAUUUCCGGCGGACGAACGCCGCGAUGGGUGGAGUUCUGGAGCGACGCAGCCGUGCAGCGCCGCCGGAGGAACUCCAAUUCGUCCUCCUCCUCAUCGUCCUCACCGGAUAGGUACUUAGACAUGCGGAGAUCCGAAAUGCCCAAAUGGGUUGACGAUUACGUGAGCCAAAUAGGGUUCGUUCUUAGAGAAAGUGGGUGGGCGGAGUCCGAUGUAUCUGAGAUCGUAGACGUCUCAGCAUCUGGGUUCUUCGAAGGCGAGAUGGUGAUGUUAGACAACCAAUCAGUCCUCGACGCUUUGCUGUUAAAAGCGGAUCGGUUUUCAGAUACCCUCCGGAAAGCUGGUUGGAGCUCCGAGGAGGUAUCGGACGCGUUGGGGUUUGAUUUCCGACGGGAGAAGGAAAAGAAACCGGCGAAGAAGCUUACGCCGGAGCUGGUGGAGAGAAUUGGGAAACUAGCCGAGUCGGUGAACCGGUCGUCCUCGAAAAUGUGAACCGGCAACCGGGAAACGUCGAGAUUCUUUCCUACUUUUGUAUUUUCUGUUACUCGAAACCUCGUGUUUGCUUUUGGCCUCAUUUGGGCAGAAGUCGUGGUUUAGGAAAUGGGAAAAGUCGGAGGUUGUAGAAAAAGAAAACAGUAAAAGUAAUUUUUCUUUUUACAUUAGGGAACAGUAAAAGUAACAAUCUUUCUAGUGUACUAAUGUACUUUGAUUUUUAUUUUACGGUGGUAUACCUGUAAUGAAAUCAAGUAGAACUGCUAUACACUUACUAAUUUGUGGAGGAA